UGGCGACCGGCUCGAGCCGCUGGGACCGUAUAGGGGGGGCGCGAGGGAGAGCGACGGGCCGCACGCAGAGACCGCGGCCGCCGCUGCUGCUAACUCUUCUUUUAUUUUUAUUUUUUUACUUUUUCUCCCCUUUUUAAAAACAAAAGAAACAGCGAGACAUCGCCGUCGUCUGCCGGAACGUACUUUUCCCCCAGUCUUGCGGAGGAGUAAAGGUCACCUGCGCUGCCUGUCCGGAAAGGGGAUUGAAGUUUGGGUUCUCCUCCGCCCGGCCCGAAUCCUUUUCUGGGCCGUCGGUCAACUUUUCAUCGGUUCCGGCUCUGAUGUUGUUUUAAAUUGUGCGCGUUAACAAAAGUAUCCGUUUCAAAGUUUUCUGCCAGAUCAGGUUUUAGUUUCUAAUUCCUUAUUUUACCUAUAUUUAAAAAAAAUAAAAAAAACGACACAGCCAGCGCCCCCAUGAAACUUUUUUCCACCCCCCCAGACAGAUAGCUGUGGUCCCAGGCAUUUUUUCCGGCCCAAAAAAGAGACGGACCGGUGUUGGGCUCGAUCGGAGGAGCAGCGGGUUAAACUUUUAUUAUAACAUAAGGACAUUUCGGCGAGUGAUUCCCUGAGCAACAAUGCGGACUGUUAAACCGCACUGAGAGGAAGGAAACUCGUCCAAAAAAGCGGUCUGACUCCCUCCCCCAUCCCUUAAUGAGGAAGAUGGCGGCCUCAUCUGUGAAGGUGGCGGUGAGGGUGCGGCCCUUCAACUCCCGCGAGACCAGUCGCAGCGCCAAGUGUGUCAUCCAGAUGCAGGACAAUUCAACCUGCAUCUCCAACCCCAAGCAGCCCAAGGAUACGCCCAAGACCUUCACCUUUGACUACUCUUACUGGUCUCACACCUCGGCCGAGGAGCCGGGCUUCGCCUCCCAGCGGCAGGUUUACCUGGACAUCGGCGAGGAGAUGCUGCUGCACGCCUUCGAGGGCUACAACGUCUGCAUCUUUGCCUACGGCCAGACGGGCGCCGGCAAGUCCUACACCAUGAUGGGCAAGCAGGAGCCCGGCCAGCAGGGAAUCAUACCACAGCUCUGUGAGGACCUCUUCAAGCGCACCGUGGACAACGCCAACCCCGAUCUCUCCUUCUCUGUGGAGGUGUCCUACAUGGAGAUCUACUGCGAGCGCGUCCGGGACCUGCUGAACCCCAAGAGUAAGGGCAACCUGCGGGUGAGGGAGCACCCCAUCAUGGGCCCCUAUGUGGAGGACCUCUCCAAGCUGGCCGUCACCAACUUCGACGACAUCGCCGACCUCAUGGACAGCGGGAACAAGGCCAGGACAGUGGCUGCUACCAACAUGAAUGAGACGAGCAGCCGCUCACACGCCGUCUUCACCAUCGUCUUCACCCAGAGACGCCACGACCAGAUGACCAACCUGGACACGGAGAAGGUCAGUAAGAUAAGCCUGGUCGAUCUGGCAGGAAGUGAGCGUGCCGACUCUUCUGGAGCGAAAGGCAUGAGAUUAAAGGAAGGAGCCAACAUUAACAAGUCCCUCACAACCCUGGGGAAGGUUAUCUCUGCCCUGGCUGAAAUGCAAAGUAGCAAAAAAAAGAAAUCAGAUUUCAUACCGUACAGAGACUCUGUACUAACCUGGCUCCUCAAAGAAAACCUUGGUGGUAACUCUCGCACUGCCAUGAUUGCUGCCCUCAGCCCAGCGGACAUCAACUACGAGGAGACCCUCAGUACCCUCCGAUACGCAGACCGGGCCAAACAGAUACGAUGCAACGCCGUCAUCAACGAGGACCCCAACGCGCGCCUCAUCCGCGAGCUCAAGGAGGAAGUCAGCCGUCUGCGACAGCUGCUGUUCUCUCAGGGCCUGAGCUCCGAGCUCCUCACCGCUGCUGGUUACGAGAUGAACAACAACCAGGCCACAAGUGCAGUACUUGCCAGCGCGGCCCCCGCCCUCGCAAACAAGGCGCCGCACUCGCAGCCCCCCCCUGCCACCGGGUCCGAACCCAUCACCGACGGCGAGGUUCCCACCUCCUCCGACGACUUCCAGGGAAGUCAGGUGGUCAUCAGCAAGGAGGAGGCCGUCGAGCGGCUGGCGGAAACCGAAAAAAUCAUCGCCGAGCUGAACGAGACCUGGGAGGAGAAGCUGAGGAAGACGGAGUCCAUCCGCCUGGAGAGGGAGGCCCUGCUGGCGGAGAUGGGCGUGUCCAUCAGGGAGGACGGCGGCACUGUGGGGGUCUUCUCCCCCAAAGGGACUCCACACCUGGUGAAUCUGAACGAGGACCCGCUGAUGUCAGAAUGCCUGCUGUAUUACAUCAAAGACGGCAUCACAAGAGUGGGCCGCAAGGAAGUGGACAUCCGCCUGAGCGGACAGUUCAUUCAAGAGCAGCACUGCAUCUUCUACAGCCGCGUUAAUGAGAGCGGAGGAGUGGACGUGACCCUGGAACCGUUGGACGGGGCGGAAACCUACGUCAAUGGGAAGCAGAUCACGGAGCCCCUGGUGCUGAAACAAGGCAACCGCAUUGUGAUGGGAAAGAACCAUGUGUUCCGCUUCAACCACCCGGACCAGGCGCGGUUGGAGCGGGAGCGCAACGCCUGCGUUGAGCAGCAGGGGGAGCCAGUGGACUGGAACUACGCUCAGCGGGAGCUGCUGGAGAAGCAGGGCAUCGACAUCAAGUUUGAGAUGGAGAAGAGGCUGCAGGACCUGGAGAGUCAGUACCGGAGGGAGAAGGAAGAGGCGGACCUGCUGCUGGAGCAGCAGAGACUGUAUGCUGACUCCGACAGCGGGGACGACUCGGACAAGCGCUCCUGCGAGGAGAGCUGGAGACUCAUCUCCUCCCUGAGGGAGAAACUGCCGGCCAACAAGGUGCAGACGAUAGUGAAACGCUGUGGCCUCCCCAGCAGUGGAAAGAAGCGGGAACCCAUCCGGGUGUACCAGAUCCCCCAGCGGCGGCGCAUCAGCAAGGACCCGCAGCGCCUCACCAUGGCCGACCUGAAACUGCAGGCCGUGAAGGAGAUCUGCUACGAGGUGGCGCUGGGCGACUUUCGGCACUCGCGGCAGGAGAUCGAGGCGCUGGCCAUCGUGAAGAUGAAGGAGCUCUGCCGCAUGUACGGCAAGCGGGACCCCGGCGAGCGCGACAGCUGGCGCUUGGUGGCGCGGGACGUCUGCGAGACCGUGGGCAUCGGGGACGAGCAGGGCGGAGGCCUGGAUGGCGGGAGCGAGGGUAACGGCGAGGGCGGCAAGGCCGGCGUGGGGGAUCUGAAGGCACACAUCGACAAGCUGACCGACAUCCUGCAGGAGGUCAAGCUGCAGAACAACAUGAAGGACGAGGAGAUCCGAGCCCUGAGGGACCGUAUGGUCAAGAUGGAGAGCAUCAUCCCCGCCAUCGGGACUCAGGAUGAUGGCAGUGCUGAGGAGGAAGAGGAGUCCCAGCAGGAGCUCGGAGAGCUGGAGGAGCAUGACUGCUCCAUGGGAGAGCUCCCGAAGGAGGAGCGCAUCACCAAGCUGAUGGAGGAGGACCCUGCGUUCCGGCGCGGCCGCAUGCGCUGGCUGCGGCAGGAACAGAUCCGGCUGCAGAACCUGCAGCAGCAGCAGAUCACCAAGCGGCUACGGCGCGGCGGGGGGGCAGGGCCCGUGGUGGUGGGGGUGGGGGUGGCGGGGCAGGGGCCCUUCCUGCCAGGAAUGGGCCGCUUCAUCCCGCCGCAGGAGUGCAAGCUGCGCUUCCCCUUUAAGAGCAACCCACAGCACCGCUACUCCUGGGGCCCGGCUGCUGCAUUCAUGCUGGGCCUGGGGGGCGGUGGGGAUGGUCAGGGGGAGGCCGGAGAGGAGCUGCAGGGCCAGGCUGGGGGAAUGGAGGCCCCACACGCCCCUUCACCCCCGCCGCCUGUCUCCAUCCCCCCUGGAGGCCCUGUCAUGCCCCUCCUCCCUCCCCCCUUCCAGCUACCCAUACCUCUGCCCAAUGCCAUGCCGGGGGGCGGGGGCCAACACCGUAUCCGCACACCUAGCCCCCAUCGGGCGUGGCAGCAGCGUAAUUAUGGCAACAACCACCAUGGCAACCCACCGUUCCCUCCUCAGCAGCAGCCGCGGCAGUACCGCCGGAACUCCUUGGACAGCUCGUCUUCUCCGAACAGCCACAACUACAACGGCAACUUCAGCCAUGGCCACCAGGGGCGCCCUCGCUACCGCCGCCAGUCCCCCGGGCCCGGGCCCAGACCACAGGAGCAGGACUCGCUCCCGUUCCUCCAGGAUGGAUCCUUCCAGAACCCACGCAAGCCUGGCAUGCACAACCAUCACCACCACCCGUACCACAACCACCAGCAGCACCACCUUCACAGGGGGGGCACUCGCUUCCCCGAUGGGGACAUACCCCCACCCAAGAAUUACACCCCCCAAGAGCACCCUGGCAAAGGCGAGCUCCAGAAUUUCCCGGGUUAUACCACCCCCCCGCGGAUGCGGAGGCAGUUUAGUGCCCCGGAUCUGAAGAACAGGGAGACUCCAGUCUGAGGGUGCCACCCACACCUCCACCCAGCAUCCAUCACUCCCCAUCCUGCCCCAAUGUCAUGACCUCCUGCACCGGACAGCAAUCAUCAGUCCCCAUCCUGCCCCUCCAAAUUUGUAGGCAGGUCUGCCCCUUUGAUAUACACUGCUUAUUAUCCCUUCCCCUUUUCUCUCUACAUGAUGUCAUAAAUUUGGGGGGGGGGGGGAUAGGUUUGAGCGAUCUCACCACACAUCUAAACCAAGCACUUAAAUUACCUGGGCAGCACUCGCAUUGGCCAUGAGGGGGCGACGUGUCACACAGCAUUGUGUCCAUUCACUGUUAAACCAACAAGGCAGAAUGCAUUUGUAAAUAACGGGGACUUUAAUGCGGUUUUUAAAUGAGUUCUAUGGCUGUAGUUCCACUUGACGCUGUCGCGUCCUGGUGGGGGGCCCUGGCUCUCUCGGGGGUGGGACAUUGACGGCCCACUCAGUGUCUCUUCAAUAUUAACAGUACUUACGCUUCCCGGCUUUACACCACCAGACGCUUGCACCCGGAGCGUGCCGGCCUGUGGGCUGCGAACUUCGACCUCAGACACAUGACCUCUGCACACUGUAACUGAUUGGACGCUGUGGUUUCUGUGUCUGGGAGGUAGAAGCGUCGCUGUGUGAUGCGACUUUGCUGCCUCACUCAGAUUCUGUGUGUGUGUGUGCGUGUGUGUGUGUCUGGAGAGCUCUCUCCGUGUCGGUCUGUAUACGUGUUUUAUAUAGACGCAAGUAUCCGAGGCGGACACUCGGGGGAGUGUUAAAACCGUUGCUGAAGUGUUAGCUACUGAAGCACCCAAAGAAAGCAGUCUUGGGGUGUCAGAGGACUCCGGUUUGUAACCAGCCCUUCGCCACCAAACUGCAUGUCAUCUGUGUAAAAUGUUAACCUUUUUUUAAUUGUGUUUUUUUUUUUAAUGUGUUUUUUUUUUUUUUUUUUUUAAAUGCUGCCCCCUUCAGGUUGCAGUUGGAUGGGUCAGGUUAAAAAAAAAAAAAAAAGUAAAGACCUCAGCUCCUUGACGCACCUUAUAAUCCUCGUAUUAACAAUAUAAUCAUUGAAGCUAGUGUCCCUGGGACUGGUUCGCAUGUAGGAGAGGGGAAGGACGGUGAAAUUUUAUCUCGAAGCAGUAGUAGUCACUGCCAUUUAGCUUUUUGUUUGAAUCUUUUUAGUAUGUAUAUUACUUGGAAGGGUGUUUUUUUUUUUAAUUUGAGAUGUUCUCUGACUGCCCUGGAGCCGGUCCCUUGGCCACUCGGACGGCAGCAGGGUGCAGGCCUUCAGUGUGUGGCGGCCAAUCAGGUGCCAGAGUGCAGAGUGCGCUUCCAUCCGCGGGAGAGAGCAGCCGGCGAAGCGUCUGACUUGCGAGCUGGUUCUGUAGGAGACGACUGGGGGGCUUGGUGCCCGGGAGGAGAACCUGCUGUAUCCCGUCACGCUGCCCCUUGCACAAUGCUGGGUUUUUGUGCCUCUGGGUGGAGACAUCAGAGUUGUAGAAAUAUUUCAGACAGUCUGGAGAGUUUAGGGAUAAAACCCUCAAACGAUUAGGACAUGAAUAGGGUAAUCUCACUGAUCUGUCCAUAGGGGCAAAAAGAAAAAACACUAGGUUGUAAAUCAUCAUACCAGAUGGGGGUUUUGAUUGAUGUGCUCUGCGCCCUGGGGGAUUGUCUGGGUCUGGUUAGCAUAAAACACGAGGGGGGGGGGGGUGCAGAACAGAGAUGGGAUGAACCUCUUCUGUAAACGAGACCUCGGGAAACGGUGAUGUACGCAUCCUGGGACACUAAGACGCACAAGGUUCCCAACGCACUCGCACGUGCAGCGCAAUGCAAGCAAUCGCGCCCUACCUCUCCACACUGUCCCCUUGAGGUGACAUCAUCACCCGGGGCCAAUGGCGUGGGCUGCCAGGUAUAGAGGUUCCUCGCACUCAGUAGGUCUCUGUGCCGUUCGGGGUCAUUCCCUUUACCGAAAGUCUAUUCGGAACUGAAACCGCAAUUUGCACUUGCGUAUAUACAGCCGCAGAGAAGGAUUGAGACCACAGCACUCAUUUCUCAAUUUAUUGGUGUGCGUCUGUGAAUAAUAUAUAUAUUUUUGCAAACUGCAGUCUGGUGGCUCUUUUACUCGCUGAUGAAGGGCUUCUUCUUUGCUUUAUGGGUCUUCAGUCCUGCUUCUAGGAGCCUGAUACGAACUGUCCUAACAGUGCACGUCACACCUGCACUUAAUGCUUCCCAUUCCUCUCACAUGAUGUCCUACGAUUCGUAUAAGUUGUCUUCUCUGGCAGAAAGUCAUUUCCGCCCCUCUGUCUGACCUGCUUUCUGGUCAUUCCCAGUGUCUCCACAUUGUUCUUGUCCUGCCGUCUUACAAAUGUUGAAACUGGAAGCAACUCGUUGCUCGGCGUAACCUUCUGCCAGCAGAACCAGGAUUAAACCAGGAUUAACAAAUGCAGAUUUGUUUAAAAAUAUAGUGGUGAUUUUUUUAAAAUUUUUUUUUUACGGCUGUAUACCGUGUUUUGCAUGCCUGAGGCGCGAAGGCAGGCUGGGAGAGGGGGGAGUUAGCCAGGGGAAAGAGAGGGAGAGGGUGAUAAUGUGGGUUUGAAUAAUGCUGUCAUUUAAGGCAGAAGAGCACGCAGAAUGUGACUGAGGGAAUAUAAUCAACCAGUGGAAAUGGUGCCAAAUGUCAUGGGCUGAUGAUAUAUUAGUGGCUAUAUGCUGUUCAGAGUUAUCAGUGUUAAAGGUCAGUUGUAAUUGGUCAGAGGAUGAGAUAUGGGUUAGUUAUUGCUGGUCUGUGAAUGUUUAGUAUAAAUACUAGUGCUAGGCAAGAGUAGGGGGUUUUAAAGGGGUUUGUGAUCUUUAGGGUAGUCAACGUUAUCUGCCAAAGGUUGACUUCACCUCAGGUUACCCGUUUUUGUUAAAAAGUGCUGGUUUCUGGAAAUAGUAGUGCGCCCCCCUCUGCGUGGAGGACUUUACUGCAGGACUUGUGCCUGACACAACUAUAAGGCAAGGAGAGGCGAAAAGGCUCGAGUGAGACUGUUGAAACACAAGUGUUGUGACAAUGUGAAACCCCCCCCCCUCCCCCCCAGUGUCCCACGAUUCAGACCUAUCAAAAUGGGUUUGCGGACAGCAGGAGAAUUACCCCCCCAGGGCAUAAAAAUGGUUUGUCUCUGUCUUCUUGGCUAAGACUCUUGCAUCGACUGAAGUGGGCUUUUUUUUCCCGGGAUUAGCGUAGGAAUGUGCGCAUCAUGAACGCACACCUGAGGGCGAGUGACGAGCAGACCUUUUCUAAAUGGGAACACCCCCACUGACUUGACGAGUACUGUACAUGCACGGUAGGAUGGAGGUGUGGAAGCAGGAUGACGAUGAGAGGGACAUGGGGGGGGGAGACAGACUCGCCGUAAUAAAUUCAGCUGCUCCAUCCCCUUCCCCAUUAUACAGAUGUUAUAAAUUAAUCGUUAAAUAAAUAUUACCGUUUUCAUUGUUGAUUUUUUUUUUUUGUUGCUGUAAUUGUAUUAGGACAAUCUGUUAGUGUGUUUCUGACAUUUCUACUUUUUUCCUGUUGUUUUCUUUCUGAUAUUAUACAAAACAGGCUUCUCUGGCUUUUAAUGGGAGUCGUUUUUAAAUAGUUUCACUGCAUUCGUUCUCCACUCUUCUGUAAUUCUUUGAUCUCGCUCGUCUUUUUAAUUAUGCUAACGAGCUAACAUACUCUGCUGAUGCUGCUCAGUGUGUCUGGGCCGGGGAGGCCUGGCAAUUAAGGCCUCCUGUCCCUAAAAGGGUCCUUGCCAUCUAAGGGCUCCUUCGCAAAGCAAAACGGGCGGCAAUAUGAAUUAUCUUCCGAGUGGAUUUUACAUCCGUCUGAGAGAGAGUGUGAGGCGAGCCGCAAGUCCCCCCCCCCCCCACCCCCCCGUCUCAGUGCCACAUGAGCUGAUGUUCAUUUUCUUUUUGUUACUUGAAUCCUUCAUUUAAAUGUUUUUUUUUUUUCCUCCCAUUGAUUUUAUCAGUUGUCUGAAAGGAGGCAGGGCUGUUGUAAAGCUUGCGGCCGUUUGAGCUUGUGACAAUGCAUAAAUAAAGGAAGACGUGAACGGGACGGCCUGGGAAAA